CAUCUGAUCAUUUCGAUGUCAGUGGCCAAGAUUUUGGCAGAGCAGGGACACAAUGUGACGGUGGUUACGGUUUUGGAGCCCACAAUUAACCACAAGAAUAUAAACCUGGUUGCAGUGCCAAUGACCAAGGAGGAAAUAAAGCAAAGGAGCGAAACAAUUGGCGCCAAACAGAAGAAUACAAGUUCCAAGCUCUCCAUUCUUAACAUGUCAGGUCAAAUGGACUCCAUGCUGAGGAAGAUGUCAGAUGUCCUGAAGGACCAACGAGUAAAGGAGCUGUAUUUAAACAAAGGCAACCACUUCGAUUUGGUGAUAUCGGGCUAUUUCAUGAACGACUACCAACUUGGAUUCGCUAGAAAGGUAAGUGCUCCGGUCGUUGUCCUGGCCCCCAGUCCACCCAGCCAGAUGCUGAACUCUCUGAUUGGCAAUCCCCAUGAUAAAGUGGAGAAGGAGAAAGGCAUGACCUUUGGACAGCGUUUGGAUAGCUAUAUAAACAGUCUUUUGUACGGAAUAUUUAUGCGCCAAAUCGACCAGCGAAAUCGCCAAUACUACAAGGAGAUUUUUGGUGAUGACCCCACCAUGCCGGAGUACACGGACAUCCUUAGGAAUACAUCAUUAGUUUUCUUCUGUUCCCAUGCAGCCAGCGAGGGACCCAUUCGGCCUAGUGUGCCAGCUGCCAUUGAGAUUGGUGGCAUUCAGAUCAAGGAUAAGCCGGAUCCCCUGCCAAAGAACCUGGAGGAGUUCCUUGGCAAUGCUACCCAUGGAGCCAUUCUCCUCAGUCUGGGUUCCAAUGUUCAGGGGAGCCACAUCAAGCCGGAUACAGUGAAAAUGAUUUUCAGCGUUCUCUCGAAUCUGAAGCAGCGGGUCAUCUGGAAGUGGGAGGAUCUCGAUCAGACGCCCGGAAAGUCCGACAAUAUUCUCUACUCCCGUUGGCUGCCACAGGACGACAUACUGGCCCAUCCGAGCGUCAAGCUAUUUAUAAAUCACGCCGGAAAAGGAGGUAUUACAGAGGCUCAGUACCACGGAAAGCCCAUGCUCUCGUUGCCGGUUUUUGGAGACCAGCCUGGCAAUGCUCAUGCCAUGGUGAAAAGUGGCUUCGGCCUCACACUCAGCCUACUCACCUUGGAGGAGAAACCCUUUAGAGCUGCCGUUCAGGAGAUCUUGUCAAACCCAAAAUACAGUGAACAAGUGGUCAAGUUCUCCUCGCUCUAUCGAGAUCGCCCAGCAAGUGCCCGGGAUUCGUUGAUCUUCUGGACGGAGUAUGUGAUUCGGCACCAUGGAGCAGCGCAUCUCCAGAGUCCCUUGGUGCACACGGACUUCAUAGCCGCCAAUAACCUGGAUAUAUAUGCCUUGAUCGGGGCUAUUUUAGUUGGUAUUUUAUUAAUAUUGCAGAAACUACUUAAAAUCAUUUGCGGAAGGCUUAGAACAAAUUUAAAUAAGGAUAAGAUACAAUGA